AUGGAGAUUUUCCUACAGUUGAUUGAAACUAAGAGCAUCGGAAACAUUCUACUGUUAAAAAAAUGGCAACCAGCCAACAAACCAGAUUAUACAAACAACCAGGAGCCCAUACAGGUAUACACUAUAAAUUGUUUUAAUACCUAGGGACGGAAGUGUGUGUUGUAAUUAUUGAAAAAUAAAAACUAUAAAUGUGUGUAUUAGGUAUAUUUCGGAAACUGAGUAAUAAUUUUUUUUAUAUAUAUAUAUAUAUACUUAUGAAAUUCAAUAUGAGUAAACCCAGGGAGGGGUUUACUCAUAUUGAACAAUGGGGAGGAGCCCCACUGUUUUAAUUGAUAUGAAAAAAUAAUUUUGUGAAAAUAUAGACUCGAUAACUCAUUCUCUUCCCGUACCGAAAUGGAGUUGAAUUAUGGCACAAUGGGUUUGUUUUUGAGUUUUUUUUCGAUUAUUUUGAAUACUAAAACAUUUAGCGAAAAAAUGUUUAAAAUAUUUAGAAAAAUAUUAUUGGACUUAGGGAUAGGUACUAUAGAACUUCACGGAAUAGAAUAACUAUUUUCCAUAUUUAUUAUACUUUUAAUUUUUAUUUUAAAAUUCUAUAAAAUAAAAAUUAAGCUAGUAUUACUUAUUCUGUAUAAAGCAUAAGCAUUGUUUUUGUAUGUUACCUGGUAGUUGGACUGAGACAGUUGAUACGGGUAUAUUGUCUUUUUAACUAAACGAUUAAUGUUAUGCCCAUUAAAUUGUUUAAAAAUAUAUGCUUGAAAAUAAUAAUUGGGCGUUGUCGGUUUAAAAACAAACGUUAGUAACAUUUCAAAUAUUGGGUAGAGGUAACAAUAUGAAAAUAAUAUUAAAUCAAUGAUUAGAACUGAAUCCAAAAACACUAAAAAUUAGAAAACGUUAGAAAAAUAGGAAAAUCGGUACAACAUUAAACAAAUAUUAUUAAAGAAAAUAUAGAAAGCCUAUUUAAUUAUUUUACUAUAAUAUAAUAUAAAUAUAAUAUAUAUUGUUGACGAAAAAGCAUCACUAUCAACUGAACUCCGCUCAGAAUCGUUUUUUUUUUUUAAGUAAUGGUUUAUCGUUGUUUACAGGUAUAAAUUAAAUUACCUAUAACAGUGCAGGCUGAACCCGGUCUCAUUAUCCUAGGACGUCUUUUUAAUGUUGAUUUUUAAAAUCAUUAAAAUCUAUAUUUAUACUGAUUAAAACCAAUUUUUGGGGAAUCCUAUAAUAUAAAUACAUAAAUAGGAAUGUUAAUUUUUUUUAAGUAUAUUGUAAUAAGCAAAAAAGGAAGAUGCAUGGAUGAAGUAUGGUCGAACACCUUCACUACCAUGUCCAUGUGCUGGUUGUAAAACGACUACUAGGAUCGCGUGAAUUCUGAAUUUUUAGAAUUUUAGUUUAUCUGUUGUGUGUGAUAUUAUUUUCCGUUUAAUUAUUUUCAAUAGGUACUAGCUAUUAUAGAAUUAAUAAAUUAUUUUAUUAAUUCAGUAUUAUUUUCUGAAUACGAGUUCCACAAAAUUAUUUCCCAACAAAUUGUAGGUAUAGACUAUAUACGACCAUUCGUAUAAGCGUUGUCGCAUCGAAAUUUUGUUAGGCAAUUGGUUUGUACAUAGGUGGGCAAUUAAUUUUUUUGGCAUCUUUGAAAAAAUUCAAAAAUUGAUUUAUACGCCCACCUCCUCCCCCCCCCCCAAAAAAAUUUACUUUCAGAAUAGGUAUAUAUUAGUUACUCCGUGUCUUAAUCACAAAUAUUAAUUAUAGUGUAAUUGUCAUAUAUCCGAAUUCCUCUAAGUACCUACUAUAAAAUCAGUCGAAGUUAAAAAAUGAAGUUAAGAGUAUAUAUUAUAUAAGUGUGAUUAAUUUUUCGACAGGUCAAGUAAAAAACAAUAUUACAGUAUUUAGGUACCUGUAAAAAAAAAAACUAAAAAAAAAAAUAUUUUCUAAAACAUUAAAAGCUUAUUUAAUAUUAUUAUUAGUGAUAUCCAAAAAUAUAUGACACAGUCAAUUUUCUCUUAUAGGAAAUUAUCUACAUCAAGACAUCUAUUACAUUUAGACAUUUGAUUUCCUAAUUUGCAAAGCGUGUUAAAAAGAAAAUAAUUUUGGACGUGUUGUGGCAAUUCUGUUUAAAUGAAAUAUACAAAUAUAAUUAUUUACACUUGGUUUAUUUGUAUUUUAAUGUUAUAUAGUAUAUCAUUAGUAUCUGAAAACGUUUUACUACAGGCAUGAGGCACAUAGCAAAAAUAAUACAAAUGAAGUAUUUAAUAGUCAGUUUUAAAACUUCGUUAUAGAACAUUUUGAUACAAAAUUUAAAAAAAAUUCUCAAUUCUAUAGAAUGACCAUUCGAGGACAUAUAUUAACUUAUAACUUACAUCUUUCUAAAAAUCAAUUAUUAGUAAUUUGUACUAUAGAGGGGGAGAACAUGUAAAUUCAUAAAACAGCUUUAUACAGUAGCACUUCCCUAUGUAUAUUAUAUAUAGUGUUCUUUAAUUUAGUACACAUUUACAGAGACACUCACCUCAUCAGAUUCCACCACUCUCACUAAAAUCGAUUCUAUCCCUCAUGCCGCAGUCAACUCUACAACAGCCGACUCCAGAUUUUUGCCGAUUUAAAAACUCGCCAAUCAAGAGACGCAAUCCAAAAUUAAGUAAGUCUCAUUAAACUUAUAUAGGAUGCUAUACAACUACAAUACUGAUGGCUUAAUAUUAUGUUCUCAGCUUUUUUUGGUGUCAUCUGAACAAUAUAUUUAUUGAACAAGUAAUACUAUAGGGUAUAUUGAAUUCAUGGAUUAGUGUCGCUUAUCAUUAUAUUUUAUUUAUUAAAUAAUUAAAAGGGAUUUGUCUAUUUAUCAAUGUUUUAUAUAUUAUAAUUUAUAAUUACCACUUUGAAAUAUUUUUAUAUGACGUAUAUAUGCAUGUAAGCAUGUAUUUAUGUAUGCAUGUAUGUAUGUAUGUAUGUAUGUAUGAGUAAAGAAAUGAAGAUCCUGGUGCAGCCAGGUAUUUUCACUUUUAAAACUAAUUUCAGAUUUCUGUUCACGUUGUUUUCAUACUAAUUUUUGUUUACAUAUUUAUAUUAAAAAACAUUAAAAAAUAAAUCAAAAAUAAUAUUUAAAAAUUUAAUUUAAUAAUAUUUUAAAGAACUUAAUUUAAUAAUAUUUAAAAAAUUAAUUUCUAACCUCCAUUCACAUACUUUCAUAAGCUCAAAAGAUUAAAUUCUUAAAUCAAAACAUGAAAAAAAUGUAUUUAUCAUUUUAAAUGUUUAAAAAAACUAUUUUCACGUAAACAUUGUGUUAGGAACCGUUCUCUUUAAAAUAAAUAAUAUAAUAUAGUACAUAUCGCACGUGAAAUAGAUCAACGUUGCAUACAAAUCAAUAAUAAUUAAGUAGGUCAAACCAUAUAUACCUAAUAAUAUUUUUUUAUGUUAUUAAAAUAUUAUAUAUUUUUAUAAGAAAAUAAAAGAAGAAGCUCUUCAAAUAGCAAGAAAUUAUUUAAUGUAUAAAAGAAACCAUAAUAAUAACUGAAGAACAAGAAACUGAAUUUAACAAAGAAAAUAACUGUCAUAUCAUUUUGUGUUUUGAUUUCAAAAGGUCUGAUGCUAUUUAAAAAAAAUAAAACUAGAAACUGAUGUGCAAACACAAGUUAAAGAAACUAAAGAGAAAAUUAAAAAAUUAGAAGAUGAAAUUAAGUUAUAUGAAAAGGAAGUUGGGAAAUAUGAGAAAGAAAGAAAAAUGUUCCUUAAAGGUCUUGAAGAUAAUAUGAGAAAAUUUAGGAAUCACAAUCAUUUAACAGGAAAAUAUCGAGGAGCAGCUCAUUCUAUAUGUAAUAUAAAUUCUAAGGUUCCUAGAUGUAUUCCAAUAUUUUUCCACAAUCUAUUUAGUUAUGGCGCUCAUUUAUUCAUAAAAAAAUUCUGUAUGGAUAAAGAUAAUAUAAAAACAAUUGCAAAUAGUGAAGAAAAUUAUAUAUUAUUUUCAAAAAUUGUAUGAUAUGAGAUAUUAGAUCCAGAAACUGAAGGCCCUGUUUUAGAUGAUAAAGGAAAACCUAGUUUUAAAACUAUUUAUAAAACUAGUUAUAAAAAAUUGAAAAUUCCAGAUAUUAAAGUAGAAUUUGAAAAUAAUACAAACAAGUUGGUAGAAGAGCACAAAGAAAUGGGAAAUAAAGGAUAUCUUCUUGUUACCCAUUUGAAUUUCUUUUUAAUACUAGAAACAGGAACCAAAAUACUACUGAAAGGAAAAGAGGACGGAAGAAAGCCAUGGAUAAGGCAAGAAACUACCAAUUUGAUAAAUAAAAGAAGGAAAUUCAAAAACGUCAUCGAUGAAGAAGGUCAAAAAGAAUAAAAGAAGCUGAGAAAUGAGAUCAUAAGAAGGAGUAUAAGAGAAAAAGAAGAAUACCUGAAUGAGAUAUGCGAAGAAAUUAACAGAGAAUUAAUAGCUAAUAAUUUAGAUAAAGCGUACGGGAUGGUCAGAAAGUUCUUUGGGAAAGGAAAAAAGAAAUCUUCAAUAAUAAAAGACGAAAAGGGACAACUUCUAUAUGAAGAAAAGGAAAUAGUUAAUAGAUGGAAAGAAUAUUUACAAAAACUUUACGGAGACGAACCAAUGAAUGGAAACAUCAUGAAUGAUAAUGAAGAACAUAUAGAAGAUAAUAUAGGAGAAGACAUCUUGAGAGGAGAAUUUGAUAAAGCAAUGGAAGAAUUAAAAACCAAUAAAGCUCCAGGGAUAGAUGAAAUACUGGCAGAACUAUUGAAAAACUGUGGUGAGAAAGCAAAAGAUGUACUUUUCAAAAUCAUAUCGAGCAUGUACAAAACUGGCCAAAUACCAAGUGACUUCACAAAAUGUCUCAUAAUUCAAAUCCCGAAAAAAAGCAAAAGCCCAAACAUGUGAACAAUACCGAACUCUAAGUUUAAUAUCUCAUGCAUCUAAAGUGCUCACCCUCAUCAUAAUGAGAAGAAUAGAAACUAAAAUUGAAGGAAGUUUAACAGACGACCAAGAGGUAUGGGAACUUGAGAAGCCAUCUUAUCAUUAAGGCAGGUAAUUGACAAGAUGAACAGGAAAGGAAAAACUACUUUUAUAUCAUUUGUAGACCUUGAGAAGGCCUUUAAUAACGUGAAUUGUGACAUAAUGUUUGACACNGCAUCUAAAGUGCUCACCCGCAUCAUCACGAGAAGAAUAGAAAAUAAAAUCGAAGGAAGUUUAACAGACAACCAAUUUGGCUUUAGAAGAGGUAUGGGAACUCUAGAAGCCAUCUUAUCAUUAAGGCAGAUAAUUGACAAGAUGAACAGGAAAGGAAAAACUACUUUUAUAUCAUUUGUAGACCUUGAAAAUACCUUUGAUAACGUGAAUUGGGACAUAAUGUUUGACACCUUAAAGAAAACUGGAGCAAGUUAUAGAGACAGAAGGAUAAUUCAUAGUUUGUAUAAGAACGAGAUAGGAGUAAUCAAAAGUGGAGCAAGUGAAGAAGAGGCCAAAAUUAUGAAAGGUGUCAGUCAGGGAUGCUCACUGUCACCAUACCUCUUUAAUUUGUAUGUACAAGAGGCCAUUAACAAGAUUAAAGAGAAGGGUGGAGUCGGAAUAAACAUACACGGAGAGAAAAUAGACAUGCUUAGAUUCGCAGACGACAUAGCUGUACUAGCAGAAAAUGAAAACGAUCUACAAAACAUACUAAAUAUAAUGAAUGACACUAUGAGAGAUGAGUUUAAAAUGAAAAUAAAUAUUUAG